AAAUUAUUUCGAUCCACAAAUUUCUCUAUCAAGCAUGCACUCUGUACUGAAGGAAAAGGCAAUACUAAACGAAGGCUCAGAAGAUGAAUUGGAGUGCUAUGGAUACAGACGGAGUAUCCCAAAGACCGUCCUCUGCUGUAUUGUCGGCAUAUUGACAUGUGGUCUCCUCUUAAUCUUCUUAAGAUGGAAACCGAACUGGAAGGUCAACGCCCUCUACGUCCGGUGCAAUUUGAACGAUGCAGAAUGCAUACUCAUAAGGGAUUAUUACAAGAGAUGGCACACUACUUUGGUGAAGACGGAGGAGGUAGAAAUACCAAGCGAGAAGGACAGACAUGCAGAAUUUACAAGCGGCAUCAAUGGAGGUCCGGGUCAUAUGAUGCCGACCAUGGACACAAUACGAUACUUCAUGUUUCAAAAGAUGAAAUACCUCUGGGACUUUAACAGGAAUACUUUUCACAAGCUGAGAGGCUUGGAUUAUAAUGUCCCACUUAGAGAUUUUCAUACGAAGUACGUGGGGCUUGACGCAAAAGAGCAAUCGAGAAGGCGGGAUAUGUAUGGCUGGAAUGUAAUACAAAUCGGACUUAGAAGUAUUCCAGUCCUGUUUUUUGAAGAGGCUCUCAAUCCAUUCUACGUGUUCCAAGUAUACAGUGUAUGUUUAUGGAUAUUUGGCUAUGCAUACAUCUACUUCUCUGUGGCAAUUAUUUUCAUGUCUUUGAUCUCCAUUACCCUCACGGUGUACAGUACACGAACGCAAAGCAAAGCACUUCGAGCGAUGGUGGCAUCCAGCUCUUACGUAACAGUGUGUCGAGGAGGUGAUGUAUACCGUGAGAUGGACGAGAAAGAUCUUGUUCCCGGAGAUCUGAUUGAGCUGCCUCGUCAGGGAUGUUUCAUGAGUUGUGACGCCGUCCUCAUCAGCGGAAAUUGCAUAGUCAAUGAGAGCAUGUUGACCGGUGAGUCAACGCCCAUCACCAAGACACCACUACCAAAUAAAGCACCCGAGGAUGAUGCUGCUCCUGAGUUCUACGACACGGAGAAACACAAGAGACAUACUUUAUUUUGUGGAACACACAUCAUGCAGAGCAGACGGAUCGGAAAGAAGAAGGUCAUGGCCGUCGUAGUCAGUACAGGGUUCUCGACUGCAAAGGGUGCAUUGGUACAUUCUAUCCUCUAUCCGAAACCAAUGAAUCUCAAACUCCAUCGAGAUGCUAUUCGCUUUGUAGCUGUACUAGCCUGCUUUGCAUUCGUCGGGGCCAUCUACAUCAUCACCAUCAAGAUCAUCAAUGGGGCAGAUACAAAGGAUAUAAUCUUGAAGGCUAUGGAUAUCUUUACCGUCGCCGUAUCACCUGCCCUUCCAGCAGCACUAACCAUCGGCUUGGUGUACGCCCAGAAACGGCUCAAAGACUUGGGUAUCUUCUGCAUCAGUCCACAGAGGAUCAACCUUGGCGGAAUGAUGGACGUCGUCUGUUUCGAUAAGACUGGUACUCUUACGCAGGAUCAUCUCGAGUUGUUAGCUGUUUCACCAGUCAAAACUGACAGUUUUGUGAUAGUAGAGGAUGCGAGCAAGAUGCCAUUUGGGCCAUUCGUUGCCGGUAUGGCUACGUGCCAUUCUUUGACUGUAAUUGAAGACCAAAUUAGGGGUGAUCCACUGGACGUUCAGAUGUUUCAAGCUAUCAAAUGGAGCAUCCGUGAGCCUCUGGAUGUAGAACCUGUCUUUGGUUUCAACCAUUUCAUGCCAACCAUUGUUCGCUCUCCGUCCUUUGGAUCUGACACUCCUGUCGAGGAGAUGGGUCGCUCUUCGACCUUUGACAGCGGUGCAGGAACGCCAGUAACCAACAAUAAAGAUGCCCUUGGUAGAUCAUCAACCUUCGGGAGUCAGCCAGGACCUGGUUCUAAUACACCGAACGAUGAGGUGAAUCCUUACGAGAUCGGCAUCAUUCGUCAAUUUCCAUUUUCCUCUAACCUUCAGAGGAUGAGUGUGAUAACACAGACCAAAGACACCAAACAUAUGGAGGUGUAUGUCAAAGGUGCUCCAGAGACAAUCGCUAGGCUCUGCGACCAAAGUACAGUUCCCUUGGAGUUCCAUGAAAUCCUAAAGGAACACACUCAGAAUGGUCUUCGUGUGUUAGCCAUGGCCUGGAAGCCACUGCACGCUUCAUUCAGUUACGAAAAUGCUGAGAAAAUUGACAGAGAAGAGGUGGAACAGGAUCUUCAAAUGUUGGGGCUGUUGAUCUUACAGAACACAAUCAAACCAGAAACAAACGCAGUUAUCGCUCAGCUCAGAGACGCCAGGAUCAGAACAGUCAUGGUUACGGGCGACAACAAACUGACAGCUAUCCAUGUUGCACGUGCUUGUGGAAUGAUUGGCCAAUCGCAGCAGGUAGUUGAAGUAGAAGCCACACCACCUGAAGGGGAUCAAGGACCACUCAUCUCCUGGAAACCUGUUCAGAAACCAGGGGAUAACAGCAAAACAUCUACACCAAUGCACCAUAAGAUGAAUGGACAGGUCGAAGAAGACGACGUCGCCCUUACAAUCGAGGAAGGAGAAGAGAUCAGCAACGAGGUCCUCAGCAGUACCUACCAUCUAGCUCUUGAUGGCAAGACAUUUGCUGUACUCAUGGAACAUGUGCCUCACCUAGUUCCAAAGAUUGCUGCUAAAGGAACAGUAUUCGCCAGAAUGUCUCCUGAUCAGAAAGCCCAACUUGUAGAGGCUUUACAAGCUCUGGAGUACUACGUUGGUAUGUGCGGAGACGGCGCCAAUGAUUGUGGGGCACUGAAAACAGCUCACGCCGGGGUGUCACUCUCCGAGGCCGAAGCUUCAGUUGCGUCACCUUUCACCUCAUCGGAACAGAAUAUCAAAUGUAUCCCCACGUUAAUCAAGGAGGGACGAGCAGCACUGGUGACGUCAUUCGGUGUGUUCAAGUAUAUGGCUCUGUAUAGUAUGAUCCAAUUCGCUACUAUCAUCAUACUCAAUACGAUUGAAUUAUUUCCAAGUGAUGGCAUGUUCAUGUAUUGGGAUAUCGCUAUUACUGCGGUCGUUGCUAUCUUAAUUGCCAGAAACAAAGCCUAUACCAAGAUUUCAACCAGGAAACCUUUGAACAGUCUUACCGAUCCUGCCAUGCUUUUCUCCAUCUUCAUCCACAUAUUCCUCCAAUUCAUGGUACAAAUCAUCGCUUACUUCGUCCUUAAGCAACAACCAUGGUUUGUGCCCUACAAGAAGAGCGAAGACGCUGGGUUAGUUUAUACACUCGCUUAUGAAUCAACAACGUUAUUCUUCGUUUCCAACUUUCAAUACCUGAUUGUAGCUUUCAUCUUUUCUAAAGGACCUCCAUUCAGAAGACCAAUUUACACCAACUAUCUGUUCUCUGGGAGUCUGAUCAUAAUAUGUGGAUUCUCACUCUUCCUCGUCCUGUGUCCAAUUGAUAAAAUUUAUCAGUACUUCCAUUUAAAGACAGUAGAUUGGCUGUUCCGUUGCAUCAUCAUUGCACUGGUGUUGGCUCAUUUCUUAGCAGCUGUUCUCAUUGAGAAUUUCUUGGCGGAUACGCGCUUCAUUCAGAAUUACGCGACCUGCCGGAAAUGGCGCAAAGGCAAGAAAGUCGUAAAGCACGAGAUCUUGAUCGAGCAGUUGAACUCCGACCCAACAUGGCCGCCAAUCAACUCCACAACCAGUGCUAACAGAAUUAACGGACAUUCAGCCAAGGAAACGGACGUCUGAAAAAAUAAAGCAAAUAAUGUGUGUAAAAAAAUGUUAGGUCUUUUUACCGAUUUACCAGUGCUACGCAAUCUAGACCGCGGCAAAUUUGUUGACAAUCAGACCAAUCGACAUGUUUCCUUUCAUUUUGGUUUGGAAAAUAAUUUAAAAGUGGAUGUCUCAAUAGUAUGGAACAAAUGUAUGCGCUUGGUAAGGGUAGACUAAAUCCUAUCUCGGUUAAAUACUUAAAUUUCAAGCCUUCAUAGUUACUACAGUGUGUGUGGUUAAGUCAAGAUUGUGACAGAGUUUAGCUCAUGGCACAAAUAACAAGUUACUUCAUCAUAAAGUUUGGAUAACCAUUUGGAUGCUUGAUGAUUAUCAAGUGAUAGUUGAAAUUCACACACAAGCACGCGCGUGCGCGAGCACACACACACAACAGUUUAUGAGAUGAACCAAUCACUUGUUAAUCCAUGGCAAGAUGCUUGGUACAGUGUGUGGAUAAGCAUAGGUAAUGCCCUAAAGCUGACUUUUCUUUUGAAAGAGAAUGUAUAGAGUUGUGCGGAAUGUGACAUGGGAUAUUUUGAGUAAAAAUGGUUGGCUAAGUUUUAACUCUGUAUCAGAAAAUAAUUAGUAC